AUGAGUGACGGAGAGGAGAAACCCAUUCCUAAGAAGGACAACUCCGGAGGGAGCCCGACCCCUACCACGACCGGUGGGGGGACUCCCAUGACCCAGGCAACUGUGCGGGUGACUACUACGCUGCCGCCAUUGCCCGGGGCAUGGGUGACGGAGAGGACAAAAGCGAGAAGUGGCCGUGUCCCCCCGGAGGAGGGACUGGAACUGGCCCAGAGGAUGGAGGUGGCGGAUCGAAAGAGAAGGCAACUGCAGCGGACUUUGGAGGACGUCAUCCAGGCAAUCCCGCAGCUGGUAAUCCAAGCCAUCAGGGAGGAGAGGGAGGCCCAACCGGCGGUCCCAGCAGGGCCUGUUGCCCCUCCGCCCCCGCAGCUGCCCCGGCCUGAGGAUGCCCCGCAACCGGGCCCGCCCGAUGUCCCGGUUCCAGCGCCACGUCCUGGCAGUCCGAGGGAACGGGUGAUGCCUCGCCCGAAAGACCUCAUCAAAGCCACCUUUGAUGGGAGCCCAGAGGAACUCUCCUACUUCGUGGUUCGAGUGAUGAAGAACUGGUGCUCCUUUACGCAGUCCCGGGUGGUGACGUACAUAGGCGUUUGCACAAAGGAGAAGUACGUAGUCAAGUCGCAGCAACCGUGUCCACAUGGGACUCCAGACUGCCAGAAGAUCAUGUACAGAACAGCUUUAAAGCCAGUCUACCAGGUGAAGCAAAGAGUCAUAAGCGCUUUGCACUGGAAGUGUUGCCCUGGCUACAGUGGCACGAACUGUGAACACCACGACCCUAAUUUCCUCCCGGUGCCCACCACUAAGCCCGGAGGCCUGGAAGAAGAAAGGGGGGCAGUCUCCAGCCGAACAUCUUCGUCGCUGGAAUCCAGAGACAUCCUUGAAGACCACCAGAGCCACGAAGCACUGCUGGAGGAUCUGCAGAACGACAUCCAACAGGCAACGAGCAAUUUGGGAGUCUUACAGAAGGCCUUUCAUUACAACAUCAGUCGCCCAGAAGUAGAAGCCAGCCGCAACCAAACAGGACUACAGGAACAAUUCCUCCAGCAAAUGGUGGUUUCCCAUGUAGAGAGUUUCUUAAAGGAACGUUUUAACCCAGUCUGGUCUAGCUUCAAUAAAAGUCUACAGGAUCUUUCCACCAUGCUGAAAAAUCUCUCGCACCACGUCGAGGCCAAUCGGAAAAGCAUAGAGAAAUUCCAAGAAAGCGCUGUGCCAAAGAAGGACUUCCAGGAGCUUGGAACCAAGUUUGAAUCCAAAAUUCAGGAAAAUGUGGGGAGAGCGGACCAGACGAAGAGAGAUAUCGACACUCAUUUACACUUGCAGCAGGCAGCCAUGCACUACAAUCUCACCAUGAUCAAAGCAGACACAGACAUGAAGCUGAAGAGAUAUCAUAAGAUACAACACUCUUAUUUGUCAGCCUUAAACAACAGCCUAACAGACAUGAGACAGGAACAAGAUAAUAUUCACAGUGAGCUAGAGACCCUGAACAGAAACUUGGCAGGAUUCCCGGUGCAAUACAGCAGCCUAAAUGAGGAAGCAACCGAAACCGACAUUCGGCUCCUCAAUCAGACCCUAGUAGGGCACACUCAACAGCUAAAGGAACUCUAUGAAGAAUCUGACGAGUUCUACGAUGAUUUUAACAAGUUCCAGGUUUCCAUUAAUGCAUUCAAAGCCAGCUCAAAGAGUGAAAUGGAGGAGCUCAGAGUGGCCUUGAUUGAGAAAAGUCUUAUUAUAGAGGAAUACAAGGAAGACUUGGAAAGGAAGAUCCUAGCCCUGAACAAUAGUCUGGAAAAUAUUAGAGAGAGCCACUGGGAUCUAGAGAGGUCUAUGAAAGCAUGCCAUUGUGUGAAAAUACCUUUGGACUCUGAUGUGGAAGAGCAAGCAAACGCCACUCGUGCAAUCAGGGAGGAAAUGAAGCUAUUUGAGACACGUCUGAAAGCUCUCAAGAAUGAAAUUGAUGAUCUCGCCACAGCCUUUCGCCUUUUCCACCAACCUCUAGAUUUCCAGCAGAAACAGAGUCGAGAGCUGGAAGGCGAAGUCUCUCUUCUUAAGGCCCAGGCCGAAACAUUGUCCGAGGAUCUCGGUGCCAUGAGAAAAGCGGACGAGAGGAUGCAUUGGCAGAUCAAGUAUCUCAACAGCUCUUUUAACUCUCUCCUGGUAGAUGCGAUGAGGCAUGAGACAGCACUGGAGGCCGUGCUUGGAGAAGAAAUUAUGGAACUCUUGACCGAAGAAGAUCCUAGCUCCUUAAUAUCAUCUCUAGAUCAGCUUCAGGUGGCUUUCAGACUAAUUUCGGACAACCUCGAGAAGCAGAAUAUCACCAUGGAAUCUCUAAUGAAGAGAAUUUACUCUUUGGAGGUGGAUCGCGACAACACUUCCAGUGGGCAUAAAUCUCUUUUGCAUCCCGUCCUUGAAGAGCAAACAGAGAACUCAGUGAAAGAAGUCAGUGUCCAACAUGGCGGCGUGGAGCAUAUGGAGCCAAAUCACGAAGCUGCCAUGGAGGACGUCCUGGAUAAUCCAGCAUACCAUGACAUCAUGAUCCUAAAGAAAGAGAUUGGACACCUUAGCAGGGAAAUGAAGAAGUAUGAAUUACAAAAGGAUCGCGCCAGUCUCUGCUGUAAUCACACUGCAGUCAGCAUGAUGGAUCCAUUCAAUGUUUCACUGGAGAAUCUGAAGGAAGAACUUGCAUUGACCAAACAAGCCUUCGAUGAGCAUCUGAAGAUCUUUCAAAAGCUGUUCGGAAGUAUCCAAGACGUAGCUGCCACAAAUGCGAGUUUGGAUGCGGCAAGGAUUCAGUCGAUGAUGGGCAGACAGAUGAAAAAGCAGCUUAAAGUUCAGGAACGGCAAAAAACGAGGGACAAGAAUGAGGCCAGCCACCACAGAGAAGGUACUUUGAAUGGAAGGAACAAGAUACAGACAGAGGUCUCGGAGGCAGAUUCACAGGUGGCCUUUUACGUGAAGUAUUCAGAAGGACGAGAAGGACCGAACCUCAACAGAACGUAUCUCAAUUACGGAGAAGGGUAUUUCCCUGAGCACGGCUACUUCAAGUCCCCUCACAGUGGUGUUUAUCUGGUUGCUAUCAGCAUGGAGUCCAGCCCAGGAAUGGCUCUGGGACAACUGGUUUUUAGCAACGGGCACAGAAUGACAGUAAUGGGCAGUAAGAAGAGGAAGGGACAGGGAGGUGGUACUGUGACGGCUUUUGUGCUGGUGGAGCUCAAGAAGGGGGAGCACAUGUGGUUUGAGCUGCUGCAGGGUUCUACGGUGACGCAGAACCCAGCUGGGAUGAGCAUGGCCGGGUUUCUGAUAUUCAAAACUUGAAAAGGGGCUCCGGGGUAAUAACUGGUCUCUUUCCCGUAAGCCACACAGAACUACCGAGUGUGCGUAUUUUCAAAGGUAGUCCUGCCCUUGGUUUGACAGCGUGCCGCUUUCUAGAAAUAGCCCAGUAGUUGCUUAGUGUUGUCACGCAGCAUUGAGAGACCGGCAAUGGAAUUGACUGCUUUUCUUCCAAGCGCUGAAGGAAAAAGCUUUCGGUUCCCGUGACGGACCGCAUCUUUGAUCUCUACCCUCCG